AACUUUCCAAAAAGCCCCUUACCAACCUAAACUCAUCAUGCCUCCUAGAAGACAAAAUCCUCCUUGUCAACGAGCUGUUCAGGACAUAGAAAUGGAAGAACUACGUCAACAAAUUCAAAGGCUUCAAGAAAGACUCGAAGCUUUUGAGGGACAACAAGCUCAACACCCGCAAGAUGAACCACAUGAGUCAGAGGAAGAUACUGAUGACGAGAAUCCCUUCCAUCACCUAAGGGAUAAUGAAAGCUCAUCAUCAGCAGAAAGAGUUUGUCGUCGACGACGUCCCCAACAAAAUGCUGCUCCCAAAUCCACUGACCUUGGCAUCAAAAUCGAUAUUCCAGAUUUUGAAGGUCGCCUUCAACCCGAUGAAUUUAUCAACUGGUUGCACACUGUGGAACGUGUGUUUAAACUCAAGGAUAUUCCUGACGACAAGCGUGUGAAGCUCGUCGCCAUCAAAUUAAAGAAACAUGCAUCCAUUUGGUGGGAGAAUCUCAGACGCAGUCGAGAAAGAGAAGGCCACAGCAAAAUUAGAACUUGGGAGAAAAUGCGUCGGGAGCUCACCCAAUAUACUAUGGAGUUCGAACAAUUAAUGAUGAAGUGUGAUGUUCGGGAAAAGGACGAGCAAGCCAUAGCUCCAUAUCUUGGAGGAUUGGACUAUGACAUUUCCAAAGUUGUUCAACUUCAACAAUAUUGGACUUUGGAUGAUACCCCUGCCAAGACUGAGAAGGAAGUCAACUCGAGCCGUCCAGCUCAAUCUAACACUCGAAAGUGUUUCAAGUGUCAAGGAUUUGGCCACAUAGCCUCCGACUGUCCAAAUAGGAGAGUUGUUACCAUUAUCGAAGGAGAAAUUCAUGAAGCCUCAGAAGAUGAAGCAAAAAAGGAGCAAAAUGAUGAAACUAAGUCACCCCAACUUGAGGAAGAACUCAUCCCAGCUGACCAUGGAGAAUCUUUGGUUGUGAGUCGUAGUCUUCAUGCUACCAUAACCAAGGAUGAAGAUUGGCUUCGACAUAACAUCUUUCACACCAGAUGCACUUCUCGAGGGAAAGUCUGCAAUGUCAUCAUUGAUAGUGGAAGUUGUGAGAAUGUUGUGUCAAAUUAUAUGGUUGAGAAGCUAGGUCUGCCUGUCAAAGAUCAUCCCCAUCCAUACAAGUUACAAUGGCUACGAAAAGGAAAUGAGGCUAUCCAUGAUGGCCAUGCCAACACCUACUCGUUUGUGAAAGAUGGUGUGAAGGUCAAGCUCACUCCCUUGAAGCUUGAAGAAACACUUGAAAAGAAGGAUGAGGACAAGGCUUUAAUCUUCAUAUCAACCUUUCAGAAGUUGCACCAAGAGUCGAGGAUAGCAUGUCUCAUACUAUUAUCCAAAGUAAAUGAUGCCACCUGCCCUUUUCCAGAAGAAAUUCAAUCUCUCCUUGAAGAAUUUUCUGAUGUUGUUCCUGACGAUAUCCCUCCUGGAUUACCACCAAUGAGAGACAUUCAACAUGCCAUUGAUUUCAUCCCAAGAUCUGUCAUCCCAAACAAGCCUGCUUAUCGGAUGAACCCUCAAGAGUAUGCGGAACUUCAACGACAAGUCAAAGAACUGAUGGAGCAAGGACUUGUCAAGGAAAGCGUUAGCCCAUGUGCCGUGCUUGUGCUGCUCGUUCCAAAGAAAGAUGGAACUUGGAGAAUGUGUGUAGAUAGUCGAGCAGUCAACAAAAUCACUAUCAAGUACCGCUUCCCAAUUCCACGCCUUGAUGAUAUGCUUGAUCAACUGCAUGGAGCUACUGUCUUCUCAAAGAUUGAUUUGAGAAGUGGAUAUCACCAGAUUCGAAUGCGUCCCGGUGAUGAAUGGAAGAUAGCAUUCAAAACUAGAGAUGGUUUGUACGAGUGGACGGUCAUGCCAUUCGGAUUGUCUAAUGCUCCCAGCACUUUCAUGCGCCUUAUGAACCAUGUAUUUCGACUCUUCAUUGGGAAAUUUGUUGUGGUCUACUUUGAUGAUAUCCUAGUAUAUAGCAAGAAUGAACAGGAGCACCUAGACCAUCUCCGGCAAGUUUUUGAAGUCCUUAAAGAGCAGAAACUUUAUGCUAAUCUUAAGAAAUGUUCAUUCCUCACUACACGUGUGACAUUUCUUGGAUACAUCAUCACUGCUCAAGGUAUCAAGAUGGACCUCAGUAAGAUUGAUGCUAUUGUCAACUGGCCUACACCAACAUCGAUGCAUGAUGUUCGAAGCUUCCAUGGCCUGGCAUCUUUUUACCAGAGAUUCAUUAAGAAUUUUAGUUCUAUUGUUGCCCCAAUCACUGACAGCCUUAAGGGUGACAAAUUUUCAUGGAGUGGCAAAGCCCAACAGAGUUUUGAAGAAUUAAAGAGAAAGCUCACUGAAACCUCUGUACUUGCACUUCCCAACUUUGACCUAAUGUUUGAAGUAGAUUGUGAUGCUUCUAAUGUUGGAAUUAGUGCAGUGUUAAGUCAAGAAGCCUUGGAGCAUUGGAGUCAUUAUCUUCUUUCAAAAGAAUUCAUCUUGCACUCUGACCAUGAGGCAUUGAAGCACCUGAAUUCUCAACAGAAGAUCAGUCGUCAACAUGCUGCUUGGAGUGAAUUUCUACAAGCUUAUCCUUUCCUCCUCAAAUACAAAUCUGGAGUCCAGAAUCGUGUAGCUGAUGCUCUGAGUCACCGACAUGCCUUGCUUACUUCCUUACAGAUGAAAGUCACUGGAUUUGAAGUGAUCAAGGAGUUGUAUGAGGAUGAUCCUGAUUUUAGCAACAUUUGGCAAGCCACUUCUAAUCAAGCUUUUCAGCAAUAUCAUCGCCAGCAAGAUUACCUCUUCAAGGGUAACCGACUAUGUGUUCCACGUUGCUCACUCCAAGAUUCAAUUAUCUGGGAAGCACAUAAUGGUGGAUUAGCUGGUCAUUUUGGGAGAGACAAGACUUUAGCUCUUGUUAAAGAAAGUUUUUACUGGCCAAAGUUGGAGCAGAAUGUCAUUUGUCAAAGAUGCAAAGUUUGUCACCAAGCCAAGACAAUCAAUCAGAGCACAGGGUUGUAUCUACCAUUGCCUAUCCCAACAUCACCUUGGGAAGAUGUUAGUAUGGAUUUUGUCCUUGGUCUACCACAAACUCAACGAAGCAAGGAUUCUAUCAUGGUCGUGGUUGACAGAUUUUCUAAAAUGGCUCACUUUAUUGCUUGUCAAAAAACUAAUUAUGCUUCUCUCAUUGCUGAGUUAUAUUUUAGAGAGAUUGUGCGUCUACAUGGAGUUCCAAAGACCAUCACUUCAAAUAGAGAUGUGAAGGUCAUGAGUCAUUUUUGGAGGACUUCAUGGAGAAAGAUGGGCACUCAACUCUAUCCUUUAGAUCUUGCUCCAUCGCCCACAUCCCGACAAUUUAGUGCAAAUGCUGAACAACGAGCCAAGGAGAUCAAGAAACUUCAUGAAGAAGUUCGUGAGAAGCUACAACAUCAAACCAUUAGGUAUAAGGCUCAUCAUGACAAGCACCGAAAGAAGGUUGUGUAUAAAGAAGGAGAUUGGGUUUGGAUACACCUUCGAAAGGAAAGGUUUCCUAAUCGACCUAAUGUCAAACUCUCCCCUAGAGCAGAUGGUCCUUUUCAGAUAGUGGAGAAAUUCAAUGAUAAUGCCUACAAGAUCAAACUUCCAGGUGACUAUGGAGUCUCUGCUACUUUCAAUGUAGCUAACCUAUCUCCUUACUAUGAGGACCAUGAGCAUUGAACUCAAACUCGAGGACGAGUUUUCUCCAACCAGGGGAGAAUGCACCGAGGGAAAGCACCAGGAAAGUGCACCAGGAUUGCAAGUCAACAAAUUUCAAACUACACU